CGCAGUGAAUCGUCGGCGUUUGGAUACUUCGGUGCUUUUUAUUACGCAUAGGGCUCACCGGCCACCUCCACUGCAAUCGAGGGCUUCCAAGUUGGACCAAUCCUCCUUGGCGCGUACCGUGACUGUCGUAUCUGGUUCACGUAAUGCAAUGCAGGUAUCCAGUGUGCCACGGAGGCCGCAGCGUCUGGCUGGCUGCCUCAUCUCCAUCCAGUUUCUCCUUCGCCAACAAGCCAGGGCCCAUGGGCUUGACGGCGGCAAUGGCAAACUGGAGUUUCAAACGGCACCCACAAUAGCUCCCCGCGCAACGACACCUUCUCGACGAAUGAUGAACGACGCCCGAGACCAGCUGCAAGACUCGGCCCGUCGGGCACACACCACUACCUCCGUUUGCGUCCCGCGUUUUCCGCCCAACCCUCUGAAACAUCCAAACGACGCCGUCAAACCAACCAAUCUAGUCGCCAUGCUUUUCUCAUUCCGCGGACCCCCCACAGCGACGACAAGAUAGGUAUGAGUUGAGCCCGGCGGUUCCGUCGCGGUCUGGCUGCCGCCCCAGGAAUGGUUUCCCUAGCGUCAGAUACGCAAAAUACCGCCGAUGGUAGUCCGACAGCGCCCACAGUUCCUAGCAACUCCAUCCAUCUUCCUACGAGUUUCGUCCAAAUUCGACAGC